AUGGCCAAUGCGAAACGAGGAGGAUAUCGACAAAUCAACCAAGCACUGAACAUAUGUGCCUGGGAGGGUUAUUUGGAUGAGCAGCACGCACGGCUGCCCACUCUUGAGGAUGUCGAACAAAUCAGCCCCCGCGUGCUGCGUAUUCUAGGCCAGAAUGAAGGCAAGUUCACGCUCCAAGGGACAAACACCUAUAUCGUGGGCACCGGCCGCCAACGUCUGCUCAUCGACACGGGACAGGGGAUCCCCGAAUGGGCCACCCUGAUCUCGUCUACAUUGGCAGACUCCUCGAUCGAGCUGUCCCAUGUUCUGCUCACCCACUGGCAUGGUGACCACACCGGGGGCGUUCCGGAUCUUCUCCAAUUAUACCCUUACCUGUCUGGUUCUAUCUACAAGCAUACCCCUGGCAAAGCCCAGCAGCCGAUUUCAGACGGGCAGGUUUUCCGUGUGGAAGGGGCUACUGUCCGUGCUGUACACUCCCCAGGCCACUCGCAUGACCAUAUGUGUUUCAUCCUCGAGGAGGAAAAUGCCAUGUUCACCGGGGACAACGUCCUGGGCCAUGGAAGCAGCGCGGUCGAGGUGCUUAGUACCUGGAUGUCUUCAUUACGGAUAAUGCAAUCGCUUCGCUGUGCGGUGGGCUAUCCGGCUCACGGCGCAGUGAUACGCGACCUGCCAGGCAAGCUGGACCUGGAGCUAACGCAGAAGGCCCGUCGGGAGGACAGGGUCGUAGAGACGUUGAAGCAGAUGAAAACAGAGGACCAACGUAACGGAGCACGGGGAAAGGGCAGCGUCACCGUCCAGCAGCUGGUGACGGCCAUGCAUGGAAAUGACCUGGAUGAGCAGGUGCGAGCAAUGGCCUUGGAACCGUUUGUCGACGAGGUUCUGCGGAAGCUGGCACAGGAUGACCGGGUGGCUUUUGAGGUUAGAGGAGGCCAGAAAAAGUGGUUUGCAAUCGAAUACACAUGA